GGAAAAAAAACCAUAAUGCUAAGCUGCAAGAAGAGACCGAAACGGCCGAGCUGCCACCGGAGGUGAAGGGUCCAGCGUCGCGGAGGUUCCUGCGCCCUCCCCGCUCACCGACUUAGUUGGAAAACGGAGUUCAAAUAUUAAUCUACAAUGGCAGACAAGAGACCAAAGGCUGGCUCCACAUCUUGCAGUGUACUAAACUGGGAACAGGUCAGUCGCUUGCAUGAGAUCCUGUCAGAAGUGGUGCCAAUUCAUGGACGGGGCAAUUUUCCUACUCUGAAGAUAACUUUGAAGAAGAUCAUACAAACUGUUCGGCGCAGGCUGGAAGAUGCAAGUAUUCUAGUGCAUGACGUUCGACUGAAUGGUUCUGCAGCUGGUCACGUCUUGGUUAAAGAUAACGGGCUGGGUUGUAAAGAUCUAGAUCUUGUUUUUCAGGUGUCCCUCCCAAGUGAGACCGAGUUCCAGUUGGUCAAAGAAGUGGUGCUGCAGUCCCUUUUAAAUUUUUUGCCUGAAGGUGUUAACAAACUCAAGAUUACUCCCAUGACUCUUAAGGAAGUAUAUAUUGAAAAGUUGGUGAAGGUAUCCACUGAAAUUGACCGAUGGAGCUUAAUAUCUCUUUCUAACAGGCAUGGGAGAAAUGUAGAGCUCAAGUUUGUGGAUCGUAUACGGCGGCAAUUUGAGUUCAGUGUGGAUUCUUUUCAAAUAAUAUUAGACUCCCUGCUUUUUUAUUACGAGUGCUCAGCAAACCCAAUGUCAGAGCACUUCCAUCCAACUGUCAUUGGAGAAAGUAUGUAUGGUGAUUUUGAGGCAGCCUUUCUUCACCUUAAGAACAGACUGAUAACUACCAAGAAUCCUGAGGAAAUUAGGGGAGGAGGGCUCCUGAAAUACAGCAACCUUCUUGUGAGGGAUUUCAAGCCCAUGGACAAAGAGGAAAUCAAAACCUUGGAGCGCUACAUGUGCUCCAGGUUCUUCAUAGACUUCCCAGAUAUUCUGGAACAGCAGCGCAAAUUGGAAACCUACCUGCAGAAUCACUUUGCGGAAGAGGACAGAAGCAAAUACGACUACCUAAUGACCUUGCGGAAAGUGGUGAAUGAGAGCACUGUAUGCCUCAUGGGGCAUGAACGUAGACAGACCCUGAACUUGAUCUCCCUUUUGGCCCUCAGAGUUCUUGUGGAGCAAAACAUCAUCCCUAAUGUUAAUAACAUCACUUGCUAUUACCAGCCAGCACCCUAUGUUAGUGAUGCAAAUUUCACUAGCUACUAUGUUGCAGAUACUUACGGCCAGGUAUGUCCCACCUGGUUGCCUUGCAAUUGAUUUCUUGUCUUCGGCGCCUCUUUUCAGCCAGAAUGCAGCAUUUCCUGUAUUUCUUUUAACUGCUUAAAUAGGACUAAUGUUACCAAGCUUUAGUCAGGUCAUAAAAUAGUACUGCCUUUCAUAAAAGAAAAUCUCUUUUCUAUCUGUCCUAAUGUGUGUCUGCAAGUUUUAAAGCUGAAGUCUGAAAGAUGAUGUCCAGCGACACCAGAACAACAAUAGAUACUUAAUUGCUUCCAUGCUAUCUUACUUUUUUGAAGUUUCAUUGUCUGGAAGUUCUGUUUCCAAUUUAGUGGAAGUAAUGAGGACUAAUCUGGUAUUCAUGUGCAGGAAAAAUAGCUAUAUUGUAGCACACAAUUAGCUGAUCAAAACCCCACUAAAAGGAGUGGAAUUGAAGCAUUUUAAUGUCGGUAGUAUGAGAGCCAUUUUCCUGAAAGUCUUAAUCAGUUUCUUUCUGGCACCAUAGCGGUAAUAAUGAAAUUGUCUUUAAAAAGGAAAAAUCCUUACAUUCUAUUUGGUGCAUUUUAGUUUGAAGAAAUUGGAUACUGGCAACUUCGUGCUGGCAGAAAUGGCUUCCAGAAUACAUAGCUUUCAUGAUCUCUUCUCACAAGCUUCCUCAGAAAUACUUUGAGACCUUCCUUGAAGAAGGAAAGUGACAGCAAUGGAGGCAAAGAAAGUCUAAACAUUUUUAGGAGGGCAGCAUUGGCAAUGGAGAGAUCUUGAUUUGUAGCAAUCCCAAAGCGGAAGGCCUGUUCCAUGAUUCCUUCUAGCCUGUUUGGAAGACUGCCAAGCAAAGGAGGAAGCAGGAAAGUACUCUUGCAAGGGUAAUAUUGAAUAUUUGCCUUUUCUUAAUAGUACAAUCCAAAAAUUCUGUGGAAAACUUUUUAGGUAGCAAAACAAUUACUGGAAAACACAGAGGCUUAUGAAUCUGCAGUUUGGAAUUCUAUUUUCCCCUGAAACUGGGCAUAUAUAGAAUAUAGCAGGGGUCUCCAACCUUGGUCCCUUUAAGACUUGUGGACUUCAACUCCCAGAGUUCCUCAGCCAGCUUUAGACUUCAACUCUAGGAGUUGAAGUCCACAAGUCUUAAAGGGACCAAGGUUGGAGACCCCUGGAAUAUACAGUUAGUAUUUUUCUAAAAUUAUAUUGAAACUAGAUUUUUUUAAAAAUAUUUUCAGUCAAGAUGAAAAUACCAAGAAAUGAAUGCAAACCAAAAGAAAAUAUAAAUAUAUGGAACCAGAUUUUGGGAGGGUGGUAGGAAGGUAGGAAGUGCUAUUGAUGAAGUGAGUAGCAAUAACUGCAGUAGAAAUGAUGGUUUCAAUAGUUACCUGAGGAUAAAAUACUUCAGUUAGCACUCAAUUAACACUCCAAGUUCUUGAAAAAAAGUUCUUAAAAGUGAGUUCAGUUUAAAGCAGUUAUAAAUUUCCAUUGCUUGCUAUUCAGGGUUUAUUGGUACUUGUAGAUUUUUAGGAAGCCUUUUAAAGUUCAAAGGUAUAGAAAGGAAAGAAGGGCCCUCAGUCACAGUUGGUGAAUAAAUGAAGGUUUUGUGAGAAGGAAAUCUGUCAGGCAUGCUUCCACAGCUCCAGUCUUUUUCAUAAAGAAGAGGGCUCAAAACACUUCUGCAAGAUUCUUUCUCAAUUGCACUUUCUUGGCAGCAAAGCUAAUAGCCAUAAGGAAUACUUUGCUACAUUAUUGAAGAAAUUCAUGGUUGAUUAGCAUAGAUUUACCAAAUCCAGAUCUCAGCAGAACACUUGAAAUUCCUAAAUUGUCUAUUAAAUACAGAAAGAAGAUAUAUCGUUUGCAACCUAUAGCGGUUUUUUUUACAGGUUUUCUACUGCAAAAGGCUAUUUAUUAAACUGGUAUAUUUGUAUUAUAGCAUAAGCAUUACAUUUCCAGAAAAGGAAACAAGGAUAAGAAUAGGGCAGGGUAAUGAUAAAGGAAAAUUUGUUUGGAAAUGUUCAUUACUGACUGAUAGAAAUCCUUAAGUUUCUUUCAAUAAAAGUUCAAAACAGGAUAAUAGCUUUUUUAAAAGUAGCAUUUCUUCUGUAACUUAGAGAUAAAUUCUUAUCUGUGGAAAGGUGGAUGACCUUGGCAGUGCUAAAGUGGCACCACCUUGUUGAAUUCCUUCUUGAAUCAAACAGAUAAGCAGAGAAACGUUGAGUCUAUUUCAGUUGCCGUAGUUAAGCUGCAUGUUUUGCUUAACUACAUAUCAAACUGCCUGAAUAUUGCUGAAAUUAAUUGCACUGGAUUAUUCAAAAGCAGAAACAAAGCUAAACUGUAAAAAGCACAAUUUGAUGCUCAUGAAAAAGUUUGUUUUGCUUCCUGUUGUAGAAUUGCACCUUAGGGUGAGAGGGGAAUAUAAAAUAGAAUUGUAUCAAAAAAGGGCACAACAAGCUGAAGUUUAGACCUUUGUUAAAUAUUAAAUUCAAAGCUGAAAUGCAUAGAUGAUGUCCAAAUGAUUUUUUACAUUGGUAGAAACUUAUUUUUGUAUGCAUUUCUGGCAAGUAUGUGUUUCUUUAAAUUGCAAAAUUAUUGUUAGUUGCUAGAUAAGUAUGAUAGCUUUGGAGAGGGCUGUUGACAUGCUCCUGAUUUUGGUUUUCUUAAACUUGAAAGCUUAAAAGUAAAAUAUUUUGGUCA